CAGUGUAUAAAAAGAGAUGGGAGAAUCACAAGCACCUCCACACCAGGACGAAUCAAACGGUGAACUUGAAAUUUCCAAGCAGCAUGGUUUUCAGAGAUGAUUAUGUCAUCAGGCGUUCCUUAAUAGUACAUACAGUGAUACUAUAUGCAUGGAUUAUUCAUAAACAAACAAGGACCCACCAUGCUAAACAGGAGGAAGGCUACCUGCAGGCAAUUGCAAAAGACUAUACUUUGUUGGAAACGGUUCCACCUUUUGAACGGCCGUACAAAGAACACAAAGUGUGUUUGAAAUGGAGCUUGGAAUAUACAUGGAGACUCCAGGCAAACAGAAUACCUUGGUGUCCUCAUGAGAAUGAUGUUGUUGAGCUCCUCAGCUUUCCAUACGCAUCCAGUGGAGAGAUGGCAGGAAUUGUGAAGACGUUUCAGGGAUUUAAAAACAGAGAACUUGAAACAAUCAGAAAGCUUCGCAUUGGUUACCCGACGUUUACUAUUUCAGUCUGGCUUUAUUUACUCCGUUACUGCAAAAAGCCCUUGUGUGGAAUACUGUAUUUCAUUGAUUCUGCAGAAAUGUACAGUACCCCUGCUGUGUUUCUAAAUGAUGAAGGUUAUGUUCACAUCCAGAUGCACCUUGUCAAAGGAGAAGAUAUUGCUGUAAAAACUACCUUCUGCCUUCCUCUGAAGCAAUGGCUUCGCCUUGACCUCUCUGUUAAUGGAGGACAGAUAGAAGUAACCAGUGUUGGAAAGGAUCUGAAAAUUCAUCACCAUCAGAGUUUUAACUUUAGGGAAGAUUUCCAUUUUGAUGACACUUCCGGAUACUUGGUUUUUGGAGGUAGUGGAUAUUCCUCAGGUAUUGAAGGAUACUUUGGACCAGUGAAAUAUUAUCGUCUUAAUGCCUUGGAUACUGGAAGGAUUUCGAAUCCUUUCUUUAACAAAGACAUUUUGGAAAGAAUUGACCUGCACUAUAAAAAAUGCGUAGAUUUCCAGAGCAUAGCAUCCAAGUACGGAUUCUCACUGAAACAAGUUGAAGAAGCACAAAAGUGCCCUCAUGAAAACUAUUACUCGGAAAUGAGCAAUAAAUAUGGAGGGAACCUCAAGUGCGCGGCUGCCUUCAGCUGGGCGAAAGAGCUAAGGAAAAAUUACCCAAGCGUGUUCCAACAGUUUCAAGAAACGGAUCUACAUUCGCCAGAAGCACCCAAAGGCCCAAAGGACACAGUGUUAGAAAUUGGACGCAGGUUAUUUGAGAUAGCUACUCAAAAUCUAUCCAGGGCUGAUGGCCUACAUUAUAUAAACUCUUCUGUCUUAUCGCUGAUGGAUUCCAGCUGUUAUGGAUAUCACAGAGCUUCCUAUGUUCUUGGUGUUGUCUUUGAAAUUGGACUGGGUAUGCCUGCAGACCCAGCUCAGGGGCUGCUGUAUAGUUUGGUUGCUGCUCAGGGAGGUGAUAGGCUGGCCUUGAUGAACCUUGGAUAUAAGCACUACCAAGGCAUUAAUGGUUACCCACGAGAUCUGGAGGUGUCCUAUGCUUACUAUAGUGAUGUUGCUGUGAAGACACCACGCGAUCAACAUACAAUGGAUGGGGAUCAGGCAUUUGUAGAAGAAAUCAGGCUUAAGGAUGAUGAAUUAUUGAAAGCACAAACCAAAGAAAAUGGCGACAUCUUCAUGUGGUUGAAACAUGAAGCAGCAAGGGGAGAUGCAGCUGCACAGCAACGUCUUGGACAGAUGCUUUUCUGGGGCCAGCAAGGAGUGGGGAAAAACCCCAAAGCAGCUGUAGAGUGGUAUGCAAAGGGCGCCUUGGAAACGGGAGACCUGGUAUCCAUAUAUGAUUAUUCCAUUGUUUUAUUCAAGGGUCAAGGUGUGAAAAAGAACAGAAGACUUGCUCUACACCUGAUGAAAAAAGCUGCAUCAAAGGGACUACCUCAGGCAGUGAAUGGCCUGGGCUGGUAUUAUCAUAAUUUUAAAAAGGACUAUGCAAAAGCAGCCAAAUAUUGGCUGAAAGCUGAAGCUAUGGGCAGUCCUGAAGCAUCCUUCAAUCUUGGUGCCCUGUAUUUAGAUGGAGUUUAUCCAGGAGUAACUGGUAGAAAUCAUACUAUUGCUGCUAAUUAUUUCUAUAAAGCAGCAAAAAGCGGACACAUGGAAGGGACAUUGCGGUGUUCUCAAUAUUAUAUUACAGGGAAUUUGCCAAGCUUUCCCAGGGACCCUAAAAAGGCAGUAACCUGGGCAAAAUAUGUGGCUGAAAAGAAUGGCUACUUAGGUAAUGUCAUCCGAAAAGCGCUCAAUUCUUACCUGGAAUUGUCUUGGCAUCAAGCCCUGCUGUAUUACAUUCUCUCUGCAGAGGCUGGAAUUGAGGUCUCACAGACAAAUCUGGCACAUCUCUGUGAAGAGAGACCAAAUCUCGCAAAAAGUUACUUGGCUACUGACUGCGUUUGGAGAUACUAUAAUUUUGCCGUUUCUCAAAGCAAUGCACCUUCAUUUGCUUAUUUGAAGGUGGGAGACUUCUACUACUAUGGAUAUUGGAACCAAUCCAGAAACUUGGAUAUGUCAGUACAGAUGUAUGCACAAGCAGCAUUAUAUGGAGACGCGCAGGGAUUCUUUAAUUUGGCCCUUCUUCUGGAAGAAGGUUAUUCCAUCCCCAGUCAUAUUUUGGAUCAUUUAAAGAUUGACAGGGCCAUCCACUCCAGUAAUACGACCCUUCGUCAGGAACUUUAUGAAAGGUGUUGGAAUCACAGCAAUGAAGAGUCAAUUAGCCCAUGCACAUUAGCUUUGUUUUACUUUCACCUGAGGAUCUUCUGGGAGAGAAUUUUGCAGUCUAGUCUGAUUUACUUCCUGGGGUCCUUGCUUCUCUCGGCAGUAAUUGUAUUUGUAAUACAGUGUUUUCGGGCUCUUUGGGUUGCUUGUCCUCGUAUAUCAUCAGUGCCUGAACAUGUUCAAGCAGAACAUUCUCCAACCAACGAAACCACUACAGAAACCAGAUCAGCAGAGUACGGAGAACCUACCAUUACAAAUAAUACAGAAGAACAUGGUUUAAACCCGCCGCAUUCCUUUUCUAGGAGCUGA